UCAAUUUCGUAUAAAAGAAAACAUUAAGAUUAAAUAUUUGUAAGAGGAUCAAGAAGAAACUAGUGCUUGAAAUAAAUUUACUGUAGUAAAACUGAGGUCUUUACUAUUCUAUCAGCAUAUAUUAAUUACGUCGGCCCACUAAACAAAACGCAGAAUGUGUCAAAUCAAAAGUCAAAACACCACGAUAAAUUUUUAUAUCGUUCAUCGUUGUUUAUUUUGUUUUUAUUUUAAUGUUUUUAUUUUUGUGUAAUUAAUAAUUAUCAAAUAUCAUAAUGAGUGACAAAUAAAUGUAAAUGGAAGUCUUCGAAUGUAUACGGUAAAAAUACAGCUCAAUUAUGGGCCGUACACAGCGGAAGAGAAAUCGAAAUAAAAUGCGAAAUUUUCGUACAUGUGACGACUGUAAGGAAAUUGUUUUCUUCAAUUCUUGGCUGGCCAAACAGGGGAUGCGACGGAAUAAUAAACUAACCCUGGCUGUGUUCGAUGACACAGGACGCGGAGUACUGACGAAAAAGAAGAUAAAACCUGGAGAAGAACUAAUGAAUCUACCAUUAAAUUUAACAAUCAACGUUACUACUAUUCUGAUGGAUUUGAAUUUUUGUAAUAUAUUUUUAGAAAACACCAAACAUUGUUUACAACAAUAUAAGAAUUCUGUGACAUUUCAAUCGUUAAUGGCGUUAUAUUUGACAUAUUUAAAGGUUCAGGGUUCAAAAAGUGAAUGGUUUCUAUACUUGGAGAGCUUACCAAACGAAUAUACCACACCAUAUUUUUUGCGAGGUGAUAUAUUAAAUCAUGUGGACACUGAUAUAUUAGCUGUGAUCUCUAAACAAAAAGAUAUUAUUAAUUCAUCAUAUUAUAUUUUUGAAGAAAUUUUAAAUAAUACUACAAGUAAUGAUGUAAUUGUAAAAGAACUGAAAGAAUGUUUUACGAUGUCUAUUUAUGAGUGGGCCUAUUUUACGGUGAAUACACGAUGUGUUUUUAUGGAUUUAACCAAAGUAAUCGAUUUGAAGAAUGUACAGACAUCUAUUUUAAAUAUUAUAUGUGAUAAUACAAAAAUAUCAUUAUGUCCGUAUUUGGAUAUGAUAAAUCAUAGUCCUAUUGCUAGGAACGAGACAAAAUUAGUUGUGAGUAGGAACAUAGAAAAUAUUAGAGUAGCAAAUUUGAACCAUGUCUUAUUUGCAGACGUAUGGUUUUCGAUUUUUACCAAAAACAUUUUUGAGCCAUACACGCAAGUAUUCAUAUGCUAUGGCGAUAGUCAUAAUCUGAAAUUAAUUACAGAGUAUGGGUUCUAUCUUCCCAACAAUGAGUUAGAUUAUGUAUCAUUCACUUUUGAAAGUGUGGACACCUUUUUAAGGUCUCAAGGGAUCAAGUUAUCGAAUGAUCAAAAUAUAUUCAUAAACAGUCAUGGUUUAAAUAAAGAUCUAUACAUCGAUUUGAAAGGCCUAAGUUACAAUUUUUAUGGCUUAUUAAUGGUUGUAAAGUAUUAUUAUAAUAAAACUGUUGAUGUCGGUAGAUUGCUGUACUCAGCGGCUAUAUGUUCCAGUAAUAGAGACUUGAAUGACAUUAUAACACCAAUGGUUAGAGAUAAGUUAAUUAAGCUUAAAGAAUCUGUUAGUAAAUUAGAGACUUAUGAGAAUCAAUGUGUGAUCACCAGUAAUUGUAUAGCUCUCAUGUGUCAGUAUGUUGUUAUACUUGAAAAGUUUAUUAAAUGUUAGAAUGUGUCUUUUUAUUUUUAUACUGGCUAAUACCCAUGACUCCCUUUACGUAAACAUUUAGAAAAAAAAUAUCUACUACUUUGAAGAAAAUCUGAUGUUGCAAUAAUAAUUACAAAUUUCCUCAACGCAUCCCUUAUCUGCUUUUGUGUGAAAAUUCAUUAUAAUCGAUUCAACAGUUUAGGUGUGAAACUAAGAAAGUAACUCACUUUUGUCAGUUAAUAUUUUUGUUUCAUAAACGAUUAAAAGAGAAACUGACAGACAGAGCUUCUCUUAUACUCAUUUUUAUAUUGUACGAGGAAUCGAACCCGCACAUCAGAAUGAGCGCGUAUAUUAAACCGUUGCACCACCGAGGUCGUACGAUGUAGCAAUGUAUCCUAUAUAUGUUCGAC